AUGAGCAAAAGGGUUGGUAAGAUUGCUUCUCAAGCCAUCAAGAACCGGAGCCAGACCCCGAUCAUGAGCUGGCUUCGGGACAAGUUGUUGGCUGUUCAUAGAAACGAACCUGCUGGCAUUCCUGGUCCUGAUGGAAAGGUUGGUCAUGUUCAUCCUUCUUUAGUCGUACUUUACAAUGUUUGUAGUUGUUCCUCAUUUUUAUGAGUCUUUUAUAUUGUUUUAGCUGCUAAUCUAUUAAUAUUUUAUACGAACUUUGAUAACAAUGUAUUUUUAGUCCCAAUUCGAGUAUCCUCAUCGAUUCCCAAAUACCCAAGCAGCCAGAGCCAUUGAGAUGCCCAAGCUUCCCGGUGGAGUUCACCAUCGUUUGUCUGAUACCUAUUACUACGAAAGAGAUGGGCGCAGACGAGUUCAACCACCACUAGAAGUCUACAGAGCUGAUCAAAACGGACAGAAGUUCCUGGAAGCCGCGUAUGUUUAUUCAGUUUUUGUUUAUGUUUUAGAAUUAAACUUAUUUAAAUGGCCAUGGAGCUCUACUAAUCGGGAAAGCCAGUUUCAAGUCUGGGGUUAAAAUCAUAAUUCAGAUCUCAAACAAUCUUGAGCUAAAGUUGAAGUUCAGGAGAAUUCAUAUGCCAGCCUCAAAAUCGAAUUCGGGCUAAAAAAACUAACUUUUUUGCUUAGGGGAUUGAAAUUUUAUUGUACAGCAACCUUUUUAUGUCAAGGUAGGAUUUUCUGCGCUUGCACCUCAAGAAAUUGUGGUCAAAUAACCCGUACUCAAGAACGAUUCGAGUAUUUUUCAUUUUGCAGAACUUAAUAAUAAGUUCAAUGAACUUGAGGUUGAUGAGUUCGCGAACUUGAACUUAAGUUCGAACUUUUUUGGAGCCCUAUCAUGGAUAUUUAAAGUCGUUGGUUUAAAUAGCUCCAUGAAGUUGAAAUUUAUGGGUAUAAUGUUUUAUUUUACAGAGCGCAAGCCGAAACUCCUGCGAGAAAAGGACCGGAAGAAAACUUUGGUCUCAGUUUUUCGAUGCCCACUCCUGGUGUAGGGUACGAAUGGCAACGAAACAAUGGUAUAGAACGACCCUUCCAGAAGACCAAUCCAGAAUUAAAGCAGGUUGAGAAGUAUGACAAAUACUACCACACCUAA